AUGGAGAAGGUGGAUAAUACUCCCAGGGACACUGUCGAUUCGGUCGAUCCGGUCCAGACUAACGAAGGCGGCGACGAGACACUUUCGGCAGACGAGAUCUUGCUGCGUGCCCAAGGCCACAAAGGAGAACUACCACGCCAAUUCUCUAGCUUCGCCGCUCUGUCCCUGGCCUUUGUUAUCACCAACUCAUGGAUCGGGUUAUGCGCCACAUUUGUGACUCCCCUGAUCUUAGGAGGAGGACCAAUGGUCUUUUUCGGUGUCCUCGUCGCGGCGGUGGCAUGUACUAUUAUCACUGCCGGCUUAGCUGAACUGGCCUCAGCAUAUCCUUCCAGUGGUGGCCAGUACCAUUUCGCUUUCAUGGUAUCUUCGGUCAAGGCCCGAGCGGCUGCCGCAUUUGUGACAGGGUGGUUGAGCACGCUGGCGUGGUGCCUUACGUCUACCUCUGCCAGCAUUUUUGACGCCCAGAUGAUCCUGGCACUAGCAUCGUUCUAUAAUGCCGAUUUUGCCCCGACACAGUGGCAGACCUACUUGAUAUUCCUCCUGAUCACGAUACUGGCCGCUCUGGUCGUGUGCUACGCGCCCAGAUUGCUGCCCGCCCUGGAGAAAUUCUUCUUUUGGUGCAGUCUUUCGGGGUUUCUUGUAGCCUUCAUCACCAUGUUGGCAGCGAGCCGGCACAAGGAGUCCGCCCAUGUCGUUUUCGUGGAAUACAACAACCAAAGCGGCUGGAGCGACGGUAUGUCCUUCGUCAUCGCUGUGGGGACAUGCAUGUACACCUUCCUUGCAACGGAUGCAACGACCCAUAUUGCGGAAGAAGUACCUGAUCCAGGCCGCCACAUUCCUCGAGUCAUGAUCUUGACUAUGGUCAUCGGUUUCGGCACGGUCAUGCCAUUCAUACUGGCCAUUCUUUUCUCCUCGAACGACCUUGAUGCCAUCAGCGCUUCGGCGCUUCCCAUCCUGGAAGUCUACUAUCAAGCCACGGGCAGUAAGGGCGCAGCUGCUUUUUUCACCUUCUGGAUAUUGCUGAACUACUUCGGCGCCACUAUCAGCUGCCUAGCAACCUCGGGCCGUCUCACCUGGGCCUUCGCUCGUGACAAUGGUCUCCCGUACUCGCACUUCUUUGCCAGAGUCCACCGAACGCUCGAGACCCCCAUCAAUGCCACUUUUGCGUGCGCAACUUUUGUUGUUCUGUACGGCCUGAUCUACAUCGGCUCCACCACGGCCUUCAACAGCAUCAUCAACAUGUCCAUCCUGGCUUUGAACGUGAGCUAUGUUGUGCCUCAGGGCAUUCUCCUAUAUCGUGGGCGCAACAAGGUGCUUCCGUCGCGGAGUUUCAAACUCGGACCUCUGGGCCCGUUCGUCAACGCCUUUUCUUGUGUAUGGUGCACCUUCUACACCAUCAUCUUCUGCUUCCCAACCUUCCUGCCCGCCGAAGUGGGUAGCAUGAACUACGUCAGUGUCGUCGUCGUUGGGAUCAUAGUGAUCAUUGCGGUGCUUUGGUAUGGCGGGAAGAGAAAGACGUUUGUCGGACCUAACCUCAACUUCGAAGGCUUGGAAAUUACCCAGGAGCAUCUUCAAGAGAUCCAAGGCCAUGGUCACGGCCACCGUCACAGCGAGGUGCUAACUGAUGCUGCAUCCUCCAGCCAAAAGGCAGCCUGA